AAUCGAAAGUCUUUUUACAUCACUAAGCGUUGGCCAAAUCCAAUUAGUUUUGUAAAAUUCCAGGGUGGUGGUGCCGCUUUUUAUUCUGCGAAAAUGGGAGACAGUUUGGAUCUGGGUAAAUGUUUCGAAGUCAUUAAUAAUUUGGUAACUGAAGCGGGCCAGCUGAUUGCAUGCAACAAUGAGACGCGCCAAGAAUUUGAGCUGAAAUCGGGCGAUAUUGACUUGGUCACCCAAACGGACAAAGAUGUUGAAAAAUUGCUUAUGAAUGGCAUAACCAAACAUUUUCCCGAUCACAAAUUCAUUGGCGAAGAAGAGAGCAGCGGCGAAGCUGGCGCCAACAAGUUGACUGAUUGCCCCACCUGGAUAAUCGAUCCCGUUGAUGGCACCAUGAACUUCGUACACGCAUUUCCACAUUCCUGCAUUUCGGUGGGCCUGAAGGUGAAUAAGGUGACCGAAAUUGGCAUUGUGUAUAAUCCCAUAUUGGAGCAGCGCUUCACGGCCCGUCGUGGCCAGGGUGCCUUCUACAAUGGCAAGCGCAUACAGGUCAGCGGUCAGAAGGAUAUAAAAAAGGCAUUGGUUACCAGCGAAUUUGGCACCACACGCGACGUGGAAAAAAUGAAGGUGGUCAAUGAGAAUUUCGCAAAAAUGGCUAAGGAAGUGCAUGCUCUGCGUGUUCUGGGCUCAGCUGCAUUAAACAUGGCUAUGGUGGCUCUUGGGGCUGCCGAUGCUAACUAUGAGUUUGGGAUACAUGCCUGGGAUGUGUGUGCGGCUGAUUUGAUAGUGCGUGAGGCAGGCGGUGUGGUUAUAGAUCCUGCUGGUGGCGAAUUCGAUAUCAUGUCAAGGCGUGUAUUGGCCGCUGCCACGCCUGAACUGGCGAUGGCUAUCUCAAAGGUACUCACGCAAUACAAUCCGAUGCCUAGAGAUGAUUAGGCACACCCAACAUGGUGAAGCGGCAUUUGAAAAAUGAUGUAUUUAAAAUAAAUAUGUAUGUACCUUAAUUGCAAAAUGUUUGUACAUUUUCUGUGUAUCUAAGUCAUUGAUAUUCGAAAUAAAAGUCGUGUCAUGCACACACAUAUAAUCAA